AUGUACAUUUAUAGAAUAAUUUAUAGUAGCAAUCUAUUGGAAAAUUCGGGCUCGAACUCCAACACUAGCGGCGGUGCGAGUUGGACUCGGGUUGAUGGAUUGACCCAGAGCGAUUCAUCAGAGGCAUCGUUGACGUCUUUAACAAACGUAAGCAGCACGAGUGGUGGUAUGAGUGGGGUUGGAGGCGGUAAAAGUUUUCCGGCAUUGCCUCCUAAACCCCCGAAGCGAGGAAUCCUCAAAGGAUCGCGUAGCAAUAUUGCCAGUAUGAGUGGAACAAGUACUGAGGGCUCUAGCGCAAUGUCUAAUGGAAAUGAAUGCGAAAUCAAUCAUUCUGAUCCGAGUAACUUACUCGUGAGGAAUACGCUUCAAAAUGAAGUAAUUACUUAUCAAAAUCUUCCCUGUCAGCAGCAGCAACAGCAGCAGCAGCAACAGCAGCAGCUGGAGAAAGAUGAGUUUUGCAGCGAAGAAGAGUCCUCGUCAAACUACUAUCACAACUAUAAUCAACAUCAUCACAAUCAGAGUGACUCGAAGCUUUUACAAGUAAUUACAAGUGCCAGCCCCUCUGCUGACUCAUUAACAGACACAACAAACUCAAGCUUUGCGACUCCACCCUUCAGUCUCUCCCCGGUUGGAGAGUCUCAGGGUUUUUCACGCUGGAGAUCCUCCAAUUCUUUUGAAGAGCAAGGCAUUCCUCUUCCAUUACCUCAAAUUAUUUCUCUGGUACUUCCCGAGCCUCGGGAGUUGACAAUUCAGCGGCAACUACCGCCAAGAAAUGACUUUGGUUUUUCAUUACGCCGGGCGGUUAUAAUCGAUCGUACUUCGAGUGGCUCAACGCAAAAUAUCAAGUCCGUUAUAUUCGCCGAGCCCGGUGCUAUUGUUCAAAAUAAUAAUGAUACUGGCUUAUUGCCCGGCGAUCGAUUGAUUGAGGUCAAUGGUAUCAAUGUUGAUAAUAAAUCCCGAGAAGAAAUUAUUGAUCUUAUCAAAGGAUCUGGAAAUAAUGUUGUUGUCAAGGUGCAACCAGUUGCUGAGUUGUCGGAAUUAUCUCAGCGAGGAGGACUAGAUGGCAGACAAAUAGAAUUAGCUGCUGCUAAUAUUCAAUGUGGAACCCUUCGACGGUCUGGUAGUUCACGAUUUCAUCAAAACACGCAAUAUAUAUCUAUACUGUCUCGUUAA